UAGAGCAAAGUCACGCUAGUUAUUAGUUGGCAAAAAUUAUUCGAUAUGGAACGUUGGCAAAAUAAGGUAGCUGUUGUGACGGGUGCCAGUUCGGGCAUUGGUGCUGCCGUUUCCAAGGAUUUAGUUGCGGCCGGUGUCAAAGUUGUUGCCUUGGCCAGACGCAAAAAUCGUGUUGAGGAAAUCAUUGCCAGUUUACCGGCAGAACAACAACCCUUGCUAACCGCCAUCGAAUGUGAUGUUUCCAAUUUGGAUUCAGUCAAUAAGGCAUUCGAUGAAAUUAUUGCCAAGUUUGGUGGUGUCGAUAUUCUAAUCAACAAUGCCGGUUGUACCAAAAAUGGCCAAUUGGUCACAAUGGACCCUGAGGCGAUACAAAGUGUUUUGCAAACAAAUGUCAUGGGCAUUGUCUAUUGCACGCAAAGAGCCUUCAAAUCGAUGAAGGAACGCGAUGUCAAUGGCCAUGUGGUGCUAAUCAAUAGUAUUUGUGGACACAAGGUGAUUGGUGGUGUUGGCGGUACGCCCGUGACAAACAUCUAUUCACCAACGAAAUUUGCUGUAACAGCUCUCACCGAAAUGUACCGACAAGAAUUCAAUGGAUUGGGUUCUAAGGUUAAAAUCACGAGCAUCAGUCCUGGUGCUGUCAACACAGAAAUAAUGGGUGAUGAACUGAAACAAAUGUUGGGUCAACACAUUCUCAGUCCACACGAUAUCUCCAAUGCAAUCCUGUACACCAUUGGCACGCCAGCAAAUGUGCAAAUUCACGAAAUGAUCAUCAAGCCAGCGGGUGAAUUGUUUUAAAUAUCUAAUAUAAUAAAUAAAUCUUUGUAAUAAUUCCCAUUAAA